AUGUCCUUUGAUGCACCUCUUAAGGCAGAGAAGGAUUUUUCGGAAACCCUAGAUGAACAAUUUCCACAGAUUGAUACGCUUGCAACAGAUGACUAUAGGGCUGCUGUCGAGAAGUUGCUUCUUUUAGAGAAGCAAACCAGGCAAGCAUCAGAUUUGGCAUCGUCAAAAAGAAUCAUGGUGAAGUUGGCAGACUUGUUGGCGGAAAAGAAGGAUUGGGAUCUCACAAAGGAGAAUAUUAUCUCUCUUUCGAAAAAGCAUGCACAAUUAAAAGACUCAAUCAGAGUUUUAAUCCAACAGGUUAUCAAACAUUUGGAUGAGAUUGAGGAUUUGGAUACUGAGAUCGAUGUUAUCGAAACCAUUAGGAUGGUUACUGAAAACAAGAUAUUUGUUGAACUUGAGAGAGCUAGAGUGACAAAAACUUUGAGUGAUAUAUUGUUAAACCAGAAGCAUGAUCUCGAUAAAGCUUGUGAAGUUCUCUGCGACCUUCAAGUUGAAACAUAUGGAUCUAUGGAGUUGAAAGAGAGAAUACAGUUCAUUGAAGAUCAGAUGCACUUGUCGAAUUUGAAAGGCGAUUACCAGUUUUCCGAUAUUUUGUCCAGAAAGAUUUUGAUCAGAACCCUGGAAUCGUAUGCCGACUUAAAAUUACGGUAUUACCAGCUUAUGAUCGAGAUUAAUACACAUGCUAACGACUAUAUCAAUGUGGUGAAGAACAAUCUUGCUAUCUAUCAUAUUCCAAAAAUCGAAGGUGAUAAAAAGGAGGCAUUGAAAUAUUUGAAGCAGGCGACAUACUUUGUUAUUUUAGCACCUUACACGCCUCUGCAAAAUGACUUGAUCUCACGCAUAAAGCUAGACAAGAACUUGAAUAAACUUCCACUUUGCAAGGACAUCGUGAAAGUCCUUACCACUCGUGAAAUUAUAAACUGGUCAGAUUUCGAGCAAAAAUACGGCCCAGAGCUUUCAAAAGAGACCGCUUAUGACCAAUCCACAGAAGAUGGUAAGAAGCAUUAUUCGGAUCUUAAGAAGAGAACCAUCGAGUACAAUUUGCGUGUCAUAUCUGGAUUCUACUCCAGUAUAAUGCUCAACAGAUUAUGUGGCUUACUUCAACUUGAUCAACCUUCUGUUGAAAAUGUCAUCAUUGAAUUGGUCAACUCUAGUGUUCUAUAUGCGAAGAUUAACAGGCCAGCUGGAAUUGUUAGUUUCAUCAAACCAAAGGGGGAGAAUGAAUUGCUCAAUGAAUGGAGCUUCAACAUUGAUACUCUACUAGAAGACAUCAAGACAAUAGAACAUCUUAUCGGUAAAGAGGAGAUGUUGCAUGGUGCAGCUGCUUAA